AUUGCCUAGCUUUUGCUAACUCCAUUUGGUUUUGCGUUCGGUCUUUGUCAUUCUAUAAAACCUAGACAACUAGUUAGCUUAGUUAGCAUUUAACUAACUUGCUAUUGUUUACGGUAGGAAGCUCAGCGGAACCUGCAAGCAUACUUUAAUGUACAAACUGUCGAAAUCCUAGUUUGUUUAUGUCGUUAGCUUGCUUGCUAGCUAGCUACGGUUCUUUGACUGACAGUGAAGGAAUGGGAGCCAUGUCUCCUGAGGAAACCUACCAAGACUCUCUGGAGGAUGAUCUAGACAGGUUCUCAGAGUCUGGAAGAGGGAGCAGGAUGCGCAGUAGUGUCUACACCAAAACCCCGGACAUGGAUUGCAACUGUUACGGAGACUGUGGUGCCACCGUCAGUAAGAGUCCCCUGUUGAAAUCAUUGAUGGAUGCAGAAGCAGCUGCCAACUCUGCAGCCAUACAGCUCAUGUCGUUCAAGGAGACUCUGGAUGGUGAUUUUGCUGACUCAAGACACUCCUCCUCUGACAAACAUCGGAUGUCAAGGCAGAGAGGCCUUCUCCUGGAGAAGUUGGAGGUUUUUAAACGGAUCAACAAGUCUGUUCGACAGCAGCUUAAAGAUCUGCAGGAUGCCGAGGCUUCUAGAAUGGAGACAGACAAACACAUUGAUGUCUUACUGCAGCAGCUCACUCAGGCUGAGUGUGACAAUGUGCAUUUGAAAAGAGAUUUGAAUGAUAAAGAGAAAAUGGUUGAGGAACUCAUGGGUUUGCGAAAGAGAGAGAUGGAGAACACAGAGAAUGCAGUCCAUGCCACCAGGUCUGUGGAGACCACACGCGCUCAUUUGCAGGGCCAGCUACGGAGCAGAGAGGCUGACAACAACCGCCUGACCGUUCAGCUCCGGGGUUUGGAGAGGCAGCUGAUGGAGCAGAAGCUGGAGAUAGACAGUCUGAGGGGGGAGAUCUCCAGUGUGUCUGAGAAGGCAGCCCAGGAGAAAGAGGCCCUGAAGAAGGCCACCCGUGCCCAGAAACAGAGGGCUGAGAGGUUUGAAGCUGCUGUGGAUAAAUGCUACGCUCAGCUGAAGGAGAAGGAUAUUCAGCUGGCCAAGGCUCAUUCUGAGAUGGACACAUGGAGGGGACAACAGGAGCAGCAAGCUGAUGAGAGAGUACAGCUUGAUGCACAGAUAAGACUACUGACAGACCAAGUAUUAGACAUUACUGCAAAGCUACAGGAAGAGAGGGAUGAAUUCACUGCUGCAAAUGAAGUCUUACUUCUGAAAGUGGAGAAACUCAAUGCAGAAAAUGGAGACAUUGGCCUUGAGAAUGCAACUCUUAAGGCAUCCAUCGUCGAGCUGGAGCUGCAGUUGGUCCAUUCUGAAGCUGAGCUAAAAGAUGAGCAGACUGUCUCACAGGAGAGGAAAAAGCAAGCAGAACAGUGUCAGAGGGAGGUGGCAGAGCUUCAAAUAGAGGUGGAUGGUCUGAAAAAACUAUUGGGGAGUGUCCUACUGGAGACUGAGAACAUUAGAGAAGGAAGAGAAGCAGAAGUCGAGAAGGUGAGACUGGAGCUGAAGGGGCGCGUCAGGGAGCUGGAGGAGUACCCUGACUUACUGAGCGCCACGGAGCAAAGUCUGGCCGAGUGCCAGGACAACCUGAAGCGUUCAGAGAAGAGAUGUGCAGACAAGGCAGAAGCCAUUAGACAGCUCCAGGUCAAGGUGGAGAGGCAGGGGGAGAAGAUGAGGGCAUCGGUGGACAUUAGAGACUCUGUCCAUGAGGACAGUUCACAGCUGCAACGCAGAGUGGAUUCCCUUCAAAAGGAGAUGGAGGAGCUUCACGGGGAGAACCAGGAACUGGUCCGCAGGCUGGCAGGUCAGGAGGAGGCGCUGCACUACAGUAGCAGACAGCUGGACCAGCGCUCCGCAGACUGUCAGGCUCUCAACAGACAACUAGAGGCAGCACUGGCUGAUGUCAGGAUGCAGGUGUCCAAAGUAAAAGACAAUGCCAUAUCCAGAGAAAGUUCCCUUCAGGCUAGAAUCCUGGAACUGGAGGCGGAGAAGUGUAGAAGAGAGAAUGAACUUAAAAAGCUCAAACAAAACAAGCAGUCGGCUGAAAAACAGUUUGAGGUGCGUCUGAAGGACUUGCAGCUCAGCCUGGACCAGUCAGAAACCCACAAACAGAGCAUUCAGAACUACGUAGACUUCCUUAAGAACUCCUAUGCCACCAUGUUUGACGAGGGACUACCUCGGGCACCGUCUAGUUUUGGGUCUUCCUACUUUUUAAAAUGAUAAUUACUCAGGAACUGUGUGUUUGUAGUAUGUUGGUGUAAUCAUACUUUAUGUACUGUACAAUGAGCCUUAUUUAAGAAUAUUUAUAAUAAUGUAUGUCAUUUGAAAGAACUAAUUGAUGUAAUGUAUGAUAAAGAAAUACAUUUAAUUUUCA